AUGAGGGCUGUCGGGUCUUUGCUGGGCUUUUCGCGCACUUUGCGCUCUCCUUUGGGAUUACCACUUAAAUUUCAACAGAAAUUCGAGCAGUCGCCGAUCAAACGAGGUCAGUGGAGGACAGGCCAUACCAUAAUUGCCCUCUUCGCCACGCCGUUUCUUUAUUCUGCUCUGAAGUCCGCCUACAUGACUGUACGCAUGAGGCGCCUAGAGACCCAAGAGAUUCUCUCCGACAGAUUCACUUGGCUUCAUGAACGUAUGCUGGAGGAUGAGGUGGAAGCUCUUUUGAUUCAGCAAGUGGCCAACAGCAAUGUAGAUCGAACGCAGCCUCUGUUGCGUUUAGGCCCCUCUUAUGUGAGGUCUGUGUAG